AGUGAAAGACUAGGGAGAGGGAUGGCUAGUGAGGUUUAGAUCAUGUUGAGCCCUACCUUUGUUUUGUGGGAUGUUGGAUAUCCCUUAUACAUCUAUGGAUCCAUCUGCAUUAUUGCAUUAAUUAUUUGGCAAGUGAAAACGAGCCGCCAAAAAUUAAGGUUGGGACCUGACAGGAGCUGUUGCCGGUGUCACCGAAGAGUCCAACAAAAGCCUGGAGAUGGAACAUCAAGAGCUAGGAGAACUUCCCAGGAAGAAGCCAAGAAGUUGUGGAAGCUGCUGUUUCUCAUGAAAAGCCAGGGCUGGCUUCCUCAGGAAGAAAGUGUGCGGCGAAUCCUGUGUGCAGACCCCUGCUGCCAAAUCUGCAAUGUUAUGGCUCUGGAGAUUAAGCAAUUGCUAGUGGAAGCUCCAGAAAUUGGCUUGGAUAACAAGAUGAAGCUGUUUCUGCACUGGAUUAAUGCUGAAAUGAAAGAUCGAAGGCAUGAGGAAUCCAUUCUCCUUUCUAAGGCUGAGACAGUGACCCAAGACAGGACAAAAAACUUUGAGAAGAGUCCAACUGUCACCAAAGAUCAUAUGUGGGGAGCUACAACAGAGAAGACAACAGAGGACCCUGAGGCUCAGCCUCCUUCUGAGGAGGAAGGCCUGAUCUUCUAUGAUGCCCCCCAGUGCCUAAAUAAUCUGCUCUAGCAACUAUCCCUUCAGUCCAGCCAAUCCUGGGUCCUGUGCCACUCCUACAAAUGCUCCAAACUCUGUCCUCAAAUGACUUGUGCCACUCAACCAGGAAAUCUAUCCCAGGUCUAACUCACCUCAGCAGAAGGCACUGGUUUAUGCAAGAACACCCAUUACAAGACAAAGGAGUUCAUAGGUUCCUGAACCUCUGCAUCCCCCUGAAAAAGGCUUUCAUUGCCAUUUCCAUUAACAUGCAGGUGAAGCAGGGCAUUCUCCAAAUAUACUUUGUACCUCUAAGCAAA